AUAAAACCCUAAAAAAAAUACACUUUCCUUUUUUCACCAAUUUAUUCGAAACUCUGAAAAAUCCGAUUCUCCCACCCUACCAAAAUUUCGAACCUUUCACACAUCUGAAGUGAAAAAGUAAGGAAAUUUCGAACCUAUUGGUAUAUUGAUAUAUUGCAGUGCCUAGAAUGAGAGGUGCGUUUGGUCAAAUUAUUUGUAACUUCAUAGGUGACAGAGGUGAUGGUGUAGAGAGAAUUCCACCAACAACAUCAAACAGACGACGCAACGAAGCAAAUCGUCCAAUUAGGCAGCGUCGUCGAAGACAGCAGAAGGUCCAGGACGAUGAUGUUGACUCCACCGAGCAUGCACAUAUGGAGGAGGAUGUCCCUCAACCGCCACAGAUAGAGCAGACCGCUGAUGAUAUUCCUGAUACUUCUGCACAUCCUGAUGAUGAUGAGUCGGAUGAUGUUGAUGAGUCGGAUGAUGCUGCUGAUAUUGAUCAUCAGAAUCAGCAGACCGGAUUUCCCAGAGGACCGACGAUGACAUCUCUGUUGACACGGUACGAGCAUCACGUGGCUCUGAGGUUAUGGGAAGGAGAGGAUCGUGGAUCACUGAAGGUAAUUACUCACGGAUUGAAACUGAAUAAGUUUGUGGAAGUUCAUAUGCCAGCUCCUGUAGAGCAUUGGAUUCAGGAAUAUGGGCUGAUGCAUCUAUCUUCAGGCUACCUCACAAUGGCUGAUGCUGGUCUGAUAUCUGCAUUUGUCAAAAGAUGGCACAGAGAGACCAACUCAUUUCAUCUGCCAUUUGGAGAGAUGACUAUCACCUUAGACGAUGUCGCGACUCUCCUUCACAUCUCACCGCAUGGUAAAUUUUUUGAUGCACCUUUGAAUAUGAAUACUAAUAAUGCUGCAAGAGCUGCACAUGAGUACUUAGGUGCAACAUGGGAGGAAACAUGUGCUGAGAUUAGUUAUAACAAAUGUGCCCAAUAUAAAUUGCAAUGGUUACGUGAUUUAUAUAGCCGUCUCAUUCAAACUGACCAGUUUGAGUGUGCGGCUAGAACGUAUCUGUUGCAUUUAGUUGGCUGCACUAUUUUCGCCGAUAAAACACAUACGCGUGUUGAGGCGAAAUACAUUACUCUUUUUAUUGAUUUACAUCGUUGUCGAGACUACUACUGGGCUUCCGCAGCAUUGGUUUCCCUUUAUGACAACUUGAGAGAUGGAGAUGUCCACGACACUCGACAGCUGGGAGGUUACAUGAGCCUACUACAGUGUUGGAUUUAUGAACACUUCCCUAGGAUCUGUAAGCGGGGUGAUAGAGGAGCGGUUCCUGCGCAUCUUCCAAGAGCAUGUAGGUGGACUGCAAAACAUGCUGUUGAAGGUGGAUUGAUGGCAUAUCGUCGGAGACUUGAUGGGUUGUUGCUCGAGGAUGUAGUGUUUACACCAUAUGAUGAUGAUGAGCUAAUCAUCCGUUUGUAUCGAUUUUGAUGUUUUCUGGAUAUCUUCGAUGUGGUGGAGUCUCAGU